AUGGCUGGGGAGGACAUCAGGCCAGGCUGGGAGAUGCUGCGCUUCCACCCGGUGGGUCUGGACGUGUUGGGGCGCACAGCGUGGCGGCGGGCCACCUUCCACUACGGCAUCGUGUUCAGCCAGCGGCCUGUGCGGCUGGGAGAGCGCGUGGCGCUGCGUGUCCUGCGCACCAAGUCCGGCUGGUGUGUGGGGGGGCUCCGCGUGGGCUUCACACGCCUGGACCCCGAGCGCUGGCCUGCGCCCAGACUGCCUCCCUUCGUGUGCCCCGACCUGGAGGCGCAGAGCCCCACGUGGGCGGCCAUGCUGCCCGAAGGCUGCAUGCUCUCAGGGGACGUUGUGUGCUUCUGGGUGGACCACCGUGGCCAGCUCUUCGCGGAGGUUAACGCAGGGCCCCCGCUCCUGCUGCGCGGCGGGGUACGCAUGGGCGAUCCUCUCUGGGCCGUCAUGGACGUGUACGGGACCACCAAGGCCAUCCAGCUGCUGGGUGAGGCACGGAGGGGAAUCCCGAGACCGUCCUGCUCCCCACCACCAAGUCCUGGCUCCUCAGAGAUGAUGUGGUGGCUAAGUCUGGAGGUGAGUGACUUCCCUGUGUAG